AUCUCCACUGUUUUCAGAGCAUUGAGCUCCAGGUUGUUCUGACCACAUGUGAAUUUGUCUGACUGGGAUGUUAUGUGGAUGCUUGCAUCUCAAUCCAUUUUGAGUGAUAUUACUUUAAUAUGACCAUUACCGCAAAUGACGGAGGAGCAUGCAGACGUCUCACAAGUUCAAUAAGUUCAACAAGUUCGUCUCCAGGUCAUCAUUUCCACAAGCUCACCCCACCCAAUACUCAAGCACAAUUAGCCAGCUCAGCACUAUCUUGUUUCUUUCUAACCCUAACCCUUAGCGGCGACCCAGUUCGGCGACCCGGAGAUUAUCAAAACCUAGAACUGUCAUUGUAUGUCUGUGUGUAAAAGUGUGUGUAUGUAUGUGAUAGUGUGUGUGUGUGUGUGUGUGUGUGUGUGUGUGUGUGUGUUGGGCAUUUCUGGCUCCUCCCUUACGUGUUUGCGUCACUCAACGUAUAACGUCAUGUUCCAAGCGGAUUAGAUUUAGUAGAUUCUGUAUAUAUUUUUUAUUUAAAUUUAAAUUCAGCUAGCAGAGGCUAACUGCUGCUAUGAAAAGGAUGCUGAUGUGCCAAUGCACAGCCCCCUAAUGUUGACAUAUUCAUUAAGGGUGAAAAGACUGAUAUAGUUACUGAACUUAAAUAUCUUGUCGUGACAUUGGAUCCAAAUCUCAAUUUUAGGAAACACGUCAAGAAAAUGAUAAAAACGACUUAAGAAAACUUGGCCGAUUUUAGACUAAUUAGAAACUCUCUCUGUGUGUAUGCAGCCAAGAUAUUUAUGCAUGCCACCAUGAUCCUUUUCCACAUGUCUUAUUGUAUUAUGUGUUGGGGGCAGGCUAGAGAAACUAAAAAAGUAUUAGACCAAAUUAAUCCUUGUAUUAACAAACGUUAAAAGUUCUGGAUAAAAAGCCAUUUCAGUAUCAUCACUGUAGGAUAUUAGAACUUCAUCAUCUUCUGAUCUUUGAGAAUUUCGCUCUAUUCUCAAAUCUUUGUCUAGUGUAAAGAAUUUUAAAUGGUUUGACCCCUCCUUUUUUGUUCACUUUCACUGGGAUAACACAGGAUAACUCUGAAAUCCACAGGAAUAGCUUCCAGAGAUUGAACUGUACCCUUUCGUAGCACUGCCUUUGGGCAGUCAGCUUUCUCUGUGAAAGCCUCUGCUCAGUGGAACGCCCUACCGGAUGACAUAAAGAGUAGUAGUUCUAUUAGUACCUUUAAAGUCAAAGUGAAAAAUCUGUUACAAUGCAUGAAAUAGUAACAUUUAUGUUUAAUAUUGUACGUGGUCCCUUACAAAUAAAAUAAAUAAAUAGUAAAUAAAUUAUAAAACUAAUAGUAAUAUUGGCUAAAAGCCUAGAGAAAGGGAAGGAGAGAGCUGGCAAAUAUAAUUAAAUAAUUGUGGAUAAGUACAAAUUUGCAAAUGUAAAGACCUGUCUGUAUCACAGUUUUAAUUGUAAAACUGAAACAUUAUUAGCAUACUAAAAUAAAUGAAAACAAACAAUAGAGAUUUCAGUACCUGUUUUUGUUGUACAGUAUGUGUCAAGGAAAUAAGGAUAUGCUUUGGUUUUCCAUGUGUAUCAUAAUCCCAAUCUAAUAACCCUUAGUAUUUAUGCCCAAAUUUCACACUGAUACCCCCUUACCUCCCAUCCACCUGCUCGCUAACUCUAUCUUGCUCUUGCUGCAUAGGGGAACCAUGGCGAAAGGACUUUCCUGGCUGUGGCCUACAUACAAUAUAUCAUCCCUGUGCCCAUCAGGGCUCAUCAUAUCAUUGUUGAACCUAGUUCCUAAUGGCCCUGGCUGCCUCAAAGUCUUUUGGCCCAUCAAUCUCCUGGCGGGCCCCUGGUAGAAGGCUCUGUGGCGUGUCGGGCACUGUGUGGUGUGGAGGUUCGACAUUCCAGAUGUGCUGGCUCAUGUUUAGGGCUGGGCUUCGAGUUUAAGAAGGGUGAGGAGAGAGCCAAGGAGCAGCACUUCUCAGCUCAGCUCUCCACAUCCAAAUCACAUCCUCCAGCUCCCAGAGAAGAGAGGCCGAGAGAAAGAGCAACGACUGAGAGAGAUUCAGAGCCCCAGCACGCAGCAAAGAUGAGCCGCAGCCCAGAAAGGAUUUCGUCGUACCGUCGGCAUUUUGAAGAAUGCAGCUCCACAUCCCUCCAGGUGAGGGUGUCUAGCCCGUCACCAUCCCGCCGGGACCCCCGGCAGCAGCGUGCUGCCAGCUCCUCCUGGUCGGCUGUGGCUGCAGCUGGCAACAGCAUGGCGAUGGGCCGCAGGACAGUCUCCUCCUCCCGCAAGCCCCUGAUGGGGAGUAGCGGCCCAAGCAUUGGCACCGUUUGUGUCGGAGGAGAUGCGGUAGAUCUGGAAGCUGCUGCCGCUGAGAAUCAGGAAUUCCUCAGCACUCGCACCAGCCAGCGCAAGGAGAUGGUUGUGCUGAACGACAGGCUGGCUGCAUACAUCGAGAAGGAAAGUGGCUUUCUUUUACACUACAUUAGUUAUUAAUGUACGCCUAUACCCCCCCCUAAAAAGUACAAUCGUGGAAUAUUGAGAUUCAGGAUACUCUUGGAACCAGACAGAGCCCCCAAAGACCCAUACUCACAAAUACUUAAAUUCAGUUACUAAUUCAUAGCCUAUUUGAUUCUCCUGGAAUCGACUCAUGUUUUCUAGGCCCAUCUUUGACAGAAUUUGUCUGAUUUGUUUCCACUGAAGUGUGCGGCACAGACUGGCUGUGUCUAAAUGCGCCUUCUCGCUGUGAAGACGGAGCAGCGCAUUACUUGCACUUCUUUGGGCAUCGAGCAUUAUCGAGCAUGUAGCGCUUGCACACA